GCUUGUGUAAAUCCAUAAAGAUUUAUUACUUUAACAAAAACAGUUUGCUAGGAAUUUGAAAACAAAUCGCCGUGUUAUGAGCCUAGUAGUAGCUAACUGGCAUGACGUCACUGUUUACAAACAAAAGCACCGGAAGUGAGACAGGCAAAAACAAGAUUACGGAAAGAGUGGAGAGAGAGAGAGAGUGACGUACGGCUGUAUCAGCAAGACGAGUGCAGAUCAAAACCUGCCUAAACACUUUUAUUUAUCACACAGAGCGUGUCUUAUGGAGUAAAGAAGAGCUUUUUUGGUCAAGACAAGCAAAAUAUAACAAUGAGUUGUGCGAAUUGAGAGUAUUUUUGUGAAAUUCAAAAGGUGAUCUAAAGACCUCCAGCUGAAAACAACUACUGCCCACACGUUUUUUGCUUCUGGCUCUUACUUUGUGUGCUACUAGUCCUUAACAUAUUUUCUCCAUUUGGGAACAACUGGUCUCAUAUCUUAUGGCUACUUGAGAAGUGCAAAGUGUUGCUUUGGAUCGCACCUGCUGUUUGUAUACGAGGUGUUUGUAAAGCUGACGUGUGUCCAAAGUAGACACUCUGUGACUCAGCUGUUCCCAGAAUUAGGGAGAAACAACACUAUUAGACAAAGGUUCACCUAAAACUGCCACUUUCUGCAGUUUUGAGUUCUGUAUCCCAAUGAUGGAUGAAGCCUAAAAGGAAAAUUUAUGAAUUAAGUUUAUGACUUCAGAAGAAACCGACAGCACAUUUUUUAUGAGAUAGAAAUAAGGACACAAAGAGUCGAUCCUGCUAAACGCUUGCGGCCAACUUUCAAGUGCUAAAGCUCAGGAAUAUGAAAUAAUAUUUUGGGGGGUUAAUAGGCAAACAGCCACUGCCAGGAUUUUGUAAUUUUAUCAGUAAAAAGUCUGUUUUUAGCUUAUUUGAAUUAGGCACAAACUAGAGCAGAUCAUGGCAGAUUCAUGUUCAGACGCAGUCGAUGGUGAGAUUUCAGAGGGACAGAAUUUAAGCAAAAGCAGAAAAGAGAACUCAGCUAGAGUGCAGGAAAAAGAAAUAAGUUCAGAAGUUUUGGAUUCCAAUGAGCAAUCCUCUCCUGUGAACGUUUCGCACGUUAUGAAAGAUGACAUCACACCACGCAAAGAUCCUCCCACCACCACAACAUCUUCUCUCAAGGAUGAUGCUAACGCAGCUCAGUCGUUCUCUGUGAUGAGUCAAAGCCGAGACAAAACAGAGGAUUCUGAGAUCAUCAAUAGCCAGUCACACACCCCCAGCCAGUCAGAGGUGACGCCCACUUUCUCAAUGGCCAGCCUGGAAUUCUCAGAGGAGACUAAUGGGGUACCGCCAGAUGGACCUCCGAUUUCAACCGAAUCUGCUCAGGAUGUCAAACUGUCACCUGACAAAGUUCCCCCUGAAGGAGCAAGUGCUGGGGUUUCUAGGGUUGUGGCGUCAGAGCCGACCAUGCCAGCUUAUUAUUUUGUCAAGUGGAUUACGUGGAAGGAGAAGAAGACAGCUAUCAUCACACAGAGUGAGAAUGGACCCUGCCCACUGAUAGCCAUCAUGAACAUUCUGUUGCUGCGGUGGAAGGUGAAGUUGGCGGCUCAAACAGAAGUGGUUACCACAGAAGAACUGAUGUCUCACCUCGGGGAGUGCGUGCUGUCCAUCAAACCAAGAGAGAAAGCUGAGGGGAUGGAACUCAAUUUUCAGCAGAACAUGAGCGACGCGAUGGCCGUGCUGCCAAAACUCUCGACAGGCCUCGAUGUUAACGUGCGAUUUACAGGCGUAUCUGAUUUCGAGUACACACCCGAGUGCAUCGUCUUUGAUCUGCUCGACAUACUGCUUUACCACGGCUGGCUUGUUGACCCGCAGAGUCCUGAAACGGUGUCUGCGGUGGGAAAGCUCAGCUAUAACCAGCUGGUUGAGAAGAUCAUAGAGUUCAAGCACUCGACGGAUAGCAGUAAAGUCAGCGAAGGUUUGACAGCGGAGCAGUUUUUGGAGUCCACGGCAACGCAGCUGUCAUAUCACGGCCUGUGUGAGCUGAACACAACAGCCAAGGAUGAAGAGCUCUGUGUGUUCUUCAGGAACAACCACUUCAGCACAAUGAUAAAGCACAAGGGUCACCUCUAUCUGCUGGUCACAGAUCAGGGCUUCCUGCAGGAGGAGAAAGUGGUGUGGGAGAGUCUUCAUAAUGUGGAGGGCGAUGGAAAUUUCUGCGAUUCGGAGUUCAGGUUGUGCCAUCCAUCCCAGAAACCCCAAGCAGCCAGCCAGCCCUCUGCACAGCAACAGCAGAUGCAGAUCGACCAGGAUUAUCUGGUGGCCAUGUCUCUACAGCAGGAGCAGGGUGAAGCCCCCGGACCCCUGAGCGACCUGGAGCUGGCCAGACAACUACAGCAGGAGGAGUACCAACAACCCCAAACCCAACAACAGACAUCACAGGACAGGUACUUUCUAAGAGUGUAAAGGUCUUCUUCAUAAAACAUAAAAACUGUUUGAAACAGAUUCUGUUGUGUUUGAGGUCUUAUAAAAGCUUGACAGAAUGAUUAAAGCUGAACUCUAAAUCUCAUCUUAAUAUCUCUGUAGACGAGAGGUCAAGCUGCACCCCAGCAGAGCGGACCGAGACGCAGAGAAAAGAAAGAUGACUCUGAUUGUUGUAUUCUUUAAAUAAGCAUCUUAACAUGACAAUAAGCAGACUGUUUAAAAUCAGAUCAGUUUCAGUUAACAUCUUUCUUCUGUACAAGUAUUGAAACAAAGGACUGGCGGACCUGUCGUCCUAUUGCCAAGCCUGCCUUUCCAUCACAGUCAUCCCCCUGAUUUUGCCUUUCUGUUAGUCUCAUAGUCUGACCUAUCGCCCAUCAUUGUCUGCUGGACCAAAUAACGGUAGCAAUUGAUUUUAAGCUCUGAGCAUUUUUAACAGUGCCAGGAAGGAACUCCUAACUAUAGUAGUCUGAAGUAUGCAUUUGAAGGAUCGUAAUGGUAAAUAAUCAGGUAUUGUAAUACCAGACUACUACUGUCUGAAGUUGAUCUGUACAUAGUCUUAUCCAAAGUUAUGUGCAGUACACCAAGUACAUAAUAAUAUGUACUUUGAUUCGCUCAGCGUCUUGUCCUUUAAGCUGAGCCAAUAAAAGCUACUUCUGUGUUAAA